AUGAAAUCAGACGAGCUGUUGAGGGACCCUGCUGCCCGGGACACUACACUAACUCCUAUCGCAUCGGCGCAGCUGUUAGCGGAAAGUUUUUAUCCGAGGGACACGGAGGAGACCGACACCUCGGAACAGCGAGAGUGCAGAGCCGAAGUUGCGCAGGAAUUCAAGUUCAUAAAUGAAAGGCCACUCGAACUCACAAACUUUACCGCUGCGGAGGGGUCCCUCAAGGUCCUGGGACUCACGGUAGACCACCAGCUUAAUUUUAGGGAGCAUUUGGCGGGCGCACGCGGGAGAGCGGUAACGCUUUCUAAAAGGGUCGCGAGAACGGCCUCGGCGGGGUGGGGUUUAAACUCCAACGUGCUGAGGAUAAUUUACCAAACCGUGGUUGAGCCGACAGUCCUGUAUGCCGCCAACGUAUGGGCAGAGGCUGCCAAAAAGAAAUAUAACCGGGUGAUACUGGAGAGAACGGCAAGACAAUUUGCAAUCCUCAUCUCAAAGACUCACCGGACCACCUCGUUCACAUCGGCAGCUGCCCUUUCAGGAAUACUCCCUCUCGACCUGAGAGCACAAGAACAGCUCAAACUGUACGAGGUCCGGAGAGGGCGGCCUCUGCCUGAACUGCCUGACUACGACAUGGAAAGGCGUCUCGGCCCGUUCGAUUUGCCCCAUCCCGCACUGAGGGGGGGGGCUCGCCUACCUGCGGGCGUCGUCGGUGGCGGACCUGGAGCAGCUGGAUAA